GACCGCCACCAAUCAGCGACCAGCAGGGCAGGGGAGGGGCUUCGCCGCGAAAGGCCCGCCUCUUCGGCGCUCGCUUCCGCUCGUCGGGCGCCAGGCUCACCCGGCUUCCUCUCUCCGCCCUUCCGUCAGGUGUUGAUGUCCAAGGAGAGUAUUCUAAAAGAUACUGGACUGCAAGUACGGGUUUAUCUAAGAGAUACCCAGUCGUCUGGUCCAGCUCAACAAACGACCAGCUGUUCAGGAGCAUCCCGGACCGGAGCCAGACACAUUCGGGACUUGGAUCUGACCGAGGGCGGCGGCAGGGCUUGUGCAGCAAUGUCGGUGGUAGAAGAAAGCCGGCCCUUUGCUCAGCAGCUCUCCAAUGUCUACUUCACCAUCCUCUCCCUGUUCUGUUUCAAGCUCUUUGUGAAAAUCAGCCUGGCCAUCCUCAGUCACUUCUACAUAGUGAAAGGCAACCGCAAGGAGGCGGCCCGGAUCGCGGCGGAAUUUUACGGAGUAACCCAAGGACAAGGUUCCUGGGCGGAUCGCUCACCACUACAUGAGGCGGCAAGUCAAGGUCGUCUUCUUUCUCUGAGAACAUUUCUAUCACAGGGUUAUAACGUCAAUGCGGUAACCAUAGACCAUGUCACCCCGUUACACGAGGCCUGCCUUGGAGAUCACGUGGCCUGUGCCAGGACGCUUCUGCAAGCGGGAGCCAACGUAAACGCGAUCACCAUAGAUGGUGUGACCCCCUUAUUCAAUGCGUGCUCACAAGGCAGCACCAGCUGCACAGAACUGCUCCUGGAAUACGGUGCCAAACCCCAGCUGGAGUCCUGUCUUCCUUCCCCUACACACGAGGCCGCCAGCAAAGGUCACCAUGAGUGUCUGGAAAUCCUGAUAUCCUGGGGCAUAGAUGUUGACCAAGACAUUCCUCACCUGGGAACCCCUCUGUAUGUAGCUUGUAUGUCACAGCAGUUCCACUGCGUCCGGAAGCUUCUCUACGCUGGCGCUGACGUACAAAAAGGCAGAUAUUGGGAUACCCCGUUACACGCCGCUGCUCAGCAGUCCUGUACGGAAGUUGUAAACUUACUGCUAGAAUUUGGAGCGGACACCAAUGCCAGAAACACAGAGCUUCUGCGACCCGUCGAUGUAGCGACCUCCAGCAGUUUGGUGGAAAGAUUAUUGCUUCAACAUGAAGCCUCUCCAAGCUCUCUGUGCCAGCUCUGCCGACUCUGCAUCAGAAACUGCAUCGGACGGUCAAGGUUACACCUCAUCCCACAUCUCCAGCUGCCAACGCUAUUGCAGAAUUUCUUACAGUAUCGAUAAGGCAGUAAAAUAAUUCUAAAUAUUUGAACAUCAAACAUUUCUAUCUCAUCUGCAUAGUUACAUUUCAUAUUAAAAUAUGGUAAAGAUAGGGUAAAGAGAUGUGAGAACACCUUGGGAAGACGUGAAAUAGCAAUUUUAGUUAAAGUGUACUAGUGCGUACUAUUGUUUUAUGCAUUUUCACUGUUUUGAGACUAUAGUGUGUUUAAAAUAUCUAUAUAUUAUUAGCUAUUCCUAUAUAUCCCUUUGUUGAUUUAGAAAAAAAAUGAGAAAUUCUCCAUUUUUUUUUUUGAAUGAAACAGAAAAAUGGGAACCGUUACUAAAAGUGUUCAUAUAUUAUAUUUUUAAAGUUCUAUAUUCUUCAAAUAACAUGUUAGCUUUUAAGUUUUGGCCUCUGUAAUUGAUUGUCUGUAUUUUUGAUAUUAAUACAAAAUAUGAGUAUGGUUUAGAAAAGAGUAACUCAUAUCCUUUUUGAGAUAAAGGUGAUUCUCAUUCAGGCAUCCCACAGAUGUUGAAUGUGCACUUGUCACUAUAAUGAUCGAUUCAGUAAAGAAAGGAUCAGUUGCCCCUUCCCUGCAAAGAUCCCACGGGUCACUUCACCACCUCAGAUGGACCUAUUUCAGAAACUGGUAGGACUGAAAUGAUCACUACUGCCCUCUCACCCUGAGAACUUUGGAACAUUACACACCUGCUCAGGCUAUUUGAAAACCCCCUCCUUCUCAAGGGUGGCCUCUUGAGGUCUCCAUUCUGGGCUUUUACACAUAUCACACCAGCCUUCCCCGACCUGAGAGACUACUGGUAGCUGGUAGUACUUGGACUAGGAAAAUGAAAUUCAUAUCUAGUUGAUAAAGAGGCCUUGGGUCAUACUCCAGGAUCGGGGCAGUCCAAGGCUAUAGAAAAUGGAAGAUGAAAACUGCCUUAAAUUGUGGGGUUUUCAAAGAAAAGGACAAGGGGGUAUCACUUAGCAAAUGUAGACCCUUAGAAGAUGUACCCUAUUGGUGGACCUUCGUUGUGGUGUUUCUAAUCCUUCUUACACAAAGCAAGGGUUCGGCAUAGACUGUACCAUAAGGAGAUGCUGUACAAGAAGAUAUUAGUGUAGUGGUGUCCUCUGCAGGGGUUUAUUCUCUUCUGCUUAACUGUACUUGAGUGCAAUGUAAAACAGUUUAAAAAAGAAAAAGAAAAAGAAAACCUUUGUGCCUUCUUUGCAAUGUAGACUAUAUUUGAAUCUGUUAUGGAUUUAGAAAUAAGAUAAUCAAGAUACUUAUAACACUGUGUAAAGUAGAAGAAAAUAUUUUGAUGAGUUUUAUAAAUUUAUCCAAUUUUUGAUUAAAUAUUUGACCUCUGUUUUGAUGACCCCAGGGGCCUAGUUUCCUUUUUUCUUAGUUCUCGGCCGACUUCCAGAGAAAGUCUGGAAAAUAGCUUAUUGGAAAAUAAACUAUUAUUGUAUGUAACCCCAAAGUUACUAAGAUUCACUUUAAAAAAAUCAUUUUAGAUUUUUGAAAGUAGAAAUAAGGCUGUAGCAUGUUUGUUUAAAAAAAUGUCUCCUAUGUGGCUAGAGACUUUUAAAUGAGUCUGUUUUACAAAAUAUCUCAGUCUACUAAAUUUGUAAUAUCCUCAGAAUAAUAUGCAUUUAACUGUUUUUUUUAUUAUAGAGUAAGCCUAUUAAAUAUAAUUAUGUACUAAAACUGCUUUUUAGUAAAACGGUUUUCUACUAGUAUUUUCCCUGCACUAGAGGUCAUCUUACAACAUAAGAGUAAUACCAGGCAUCCCUCUUAAUUGAUCUUGCGCCAAUAAGAGAAGUAAAUAUCAAAUACUGAAGUAAAAAUUGACACUUGAAAAUUUUAGUAUGCUGGUUGCUUUUUUAGCUUGCGUUUGAUUGUCUUAUCAAAGAAGUGUUCUAAUUUAAAUAUAUCAUAUGUUUGUUAAUAUAUUAAAGUGUGAUGUUUAUCCCUGGAA